AUGUCUGGACAACGGCAGCAAGUGGAUAUUUCCACAUUACCUUUACCGCAGUUAAAUCAGUUAUCCCAACAACUUGAUCAGGAAAUAGAGUUUUUUACUGCCUCUUUGAAUCAAUUGAAGAUGACACAAACAAAAUUUGCUGAAUCUCAAGAAUGCUUGAGCAAAGUGAACAAAGAGAAUUUGGAUAAAGAUAUUUUAGUUCCACUUACAGGCUCUAUGUAUGUUCCUGGCCAGUUAGCAAAUGUAGAAGAAUGCUUGGUGGACAUUGGCACUGGAUAUUUCAUUGAAAUGUCUGUUGAUGCAAGUAAAGAUUUUUUUAAAAGGGAAGUUGACUAUGUCACGAAACAGAUUGAAAAAAUCCAACCACUGGUGCAGGAAAAGUACAAGAUGAAACAAGUUGUAAUGGAGAUGAUCCAGAUGAAAGUACAUGCACAACUAGCUGCUCAGCAAAACCCUCCUGCCACUGCAGGUGGAAGUACAUGA